AUGGUAGGGUUCGGCUUACACGGACGACCACUCACGUUCAGGUGCAUGCCAAUGCGGCAAUUGCCUCAUCAGGAGAAGAGCACGUGCGAGCCUGGCAAGACUUUUGGGCAGAAGUGUAGUCAUGUCGUGAAGAAACAAAGAGCCAAGUUCUAUAUUCUUCGCCGCUGUAUCGCCAUGUUAGUCUGCUGGCGUGACAACAACCAUGACCGCACGGGUUCUUGAUUGUUUUCUCUUGCAUAACUUUCUUUUCCGUAACGUUUUAGUCUUUCUUUUCUUUCCGCUCAUAACACGUAAUUUAGUAGCUUUUACUAGUGUACUCAUUAUAUCACCAUCCGAGUUCAAACUUGGCAUAAUGCAUACUAG